CCAACGGCCAACACAACUUGCAACCUACUUGAACACUACAGACACUACACCCCUCUUGACACGGUCCACACCACACCACAUACACCUCCAGUCCUCCCCGUCUGCUUCAGCCAGCGCUGCGAGUCUCGUUUUUCAGCUGUCUCCUUUGUCGGGUGUUUCCUUGCUGUAUCGCUGCAAUAUACUACCUCCUACGCGACUGGAUCUGGCACUGCUCUGUUGUCGCUGCGCGUUUCCCCCACCUACCUGAGUACAGCGUACAGCACGCUCUACACCAUCCAGGUACCAUAAUACAGCCGGCGCACCAUCUCUCCAUCGCCGUGUAGGUGUCGAUUUCCAUCGCCUGCCCUCUCUCCUCGAGGCAGCGAGCCAAUUGUAUCUCCUUCUUUCACGUCGCGAUUCGCGGCUUUUUGGCUUACCUACACACAUACUCCAAUUCACCUCUUCUCCCUCUCCUAUCAUCUCACCCUGCUCUCACCACACAAUGGCCGACACUACGACUUCCGCCGAGUACUCACUCCCGACUCCUCCAACCACGGGCCCGGCGCCAGGCACACAAGGCUAUCAGAACGGCUCUGGCAACCAUAUGCCACCUCCGCCGGCCCCAUCUCUCAACGUCAAUAUCCCGCAGAAUCACAAUCCCGUGCCCACGGAGCUCACAGACAUUCUCUCCCCUACCAGUGCUGGUGGGCAAGUUAGGCGCGCUGCACCAGAACCAAACAAGAGGGCACUGUAUGUCGGUGGACUUGACCCCCGCGUUACAGAGGAUGUAUUGAAGCAGAUCUUCGAGACUACUGGGCACGUGCAAAGCGUCAAGAUCAUUCCCGACAAGAACUUCCAGUCCAAGGGUUACAACUACGGAUUUGUGGAGUACGACGAUCCAGGUGCCGCCGAAAGAGCUAUGCAGACACUCAAUGGAAGACGGGUGCACCAGCAGGAGAUCCGCGUCAACUGGGCCUACCAAUCGAACACCUCCGCCAAAGAGGACACCUCGAACCACUUCCACAUCUUCGUCGGCGAUCUUUCCAACGAAGUGAACGACGAAGUGCUCUUGCAGGCGUUCUCAGCGUUUGGCACCGUUUCAGAGGCUCGCGUUAUGUGGGACAUGAAGACGGGUCGCUCCCGUGGAUACGGCUUUGCUGCAUUUAGGGAUCGCGGCGAGGCCGAGAAAGCGUUGAGCUCGAUGGAUGGUGAAUGGCUGGGCUCGCGUGCAAUCCGUUGCAAUUGGGCCAACCAAAAGGGACAGCCCUCGUUCUCCCAACAGCAGGCCAUGGCCCAGAUGGGCAUGACUCCCACGACUCCUUACGGACACCACCAGUUCCCAACUCAAGGUUCACAGUCCUACGAGAUGAUUGUCCAACAGACCCCGCAAUGGCAGACCACUGUCUAUGUCGGCAACCUUACGCCCUACACGACUCAGAACGAUCUUGUUCCACUCUUUCAGAACUUCGGCUAUGUGACCGAGACCAGAUUCCAGUCUGAUCGCGGUUUUGCAUUUAUCAAGAUGGACACCCACGAGAAUGCGGCCAAUGCAAUCUGCCAAUUGAGCGGAUACCAAGUCAAUGGCCGCCCCUUGAAAUGUAGCUGGGGUAAAGACCGCCCACCAACAGGCCAAUUUGACGGUUUCUCGCCAGCUGCCCAGACACCUGGCUCCGCGUUCCCUUCAGCAACGCCUCAGGCUUUCUUUCCACAAUACCAGCAACCAGGCGCAAUGUCACCACAGGGUGCUACUCCAGCCGGUUUUCAGCAAGCAAGUCCCGCGGGAUGGCAGCAGCCCGGUAUGGCGCCCUCUGCGCUGCACCCUGGCGCACAAGGCUGGCCAGGCGCUCAAAUGCCACACAGCGCGAGUGGGUUUAAUCCUCAAGCGCAAGCUGGCUACGGCGUGCCGCAAGCAGCGCCUCAGUCGGCGCCAUUCGGUCGCGGAUAUGGUGGGUAUCAAGGCUAGUCGCGUUUCGACACCACACCAUACUCACGUCGAAGGUCGCGUAGCCCGCAGCCUAUUCUUCCAGCCUAUCGGAAAAGGAGUCUGGGAUUUAGUUGAAAUUGUAUUACUGCUCAUGGCCAUUUGCAUGCUUUGGAUACCCCAGCGACAUCUCAUGUCUCCCUUCUCAUUCACGAGGAGACUCUGGAUAGCGUCUGCAUCUUUGCGAAUGUACGAUCUAGCGUGUUGUUUAUGCAAUUGCUUUUGCGUGAAUGGUCAGGUAGAAUCACCUGGGAGGCAUAGCGGAUAGUAGCUCUACUCACCGAGACUGGAUACAGAUUGUAUUGGUAAAAAGUUCAGCUGUAUAAUAUGCCUCAUCUUCCGCCUUCUUUCGCUGACUGUCCGCAGAACUGGCUGUACCAAG